GCUAUUGUUGUGCUUUAUUAAAAAAAAAUGGAGCAAUUUGCUGCAAGUCUCGAAGAGCUUUUAAACAAACUUGCUACAGCUCAAGAUUCAGAAACUAUUCGAAUUGCUACUUCAACUUUAAAUACACAAUUUUAUGUUUCAGCUGAAUGUAUUCCUGCACUUAUUGAAAUUAUCAGUCGAUCACCACACCAUACGGUUCGUCAAUUAGCUGCCGUUGAAUUAAGAAAGCGCAUUUCAAAGAAAUGGCAGGAUCUUCCUGAUGGAACGCAAGCAGCUAUUCGAGGCCAAUUAUUGCAGAUUGCUUUGAACGAACAACACGAAAUCGUACGUCAUUCAACAGCUCGUGUCAUCUCCUCCAUUGCUCGCAUCGAUAUCCCCGAGAAUAAAUGGCCCGAAUUAUUAGGCUUUUUGAAUCAAGCCUGUAAUAGUCCUACUGUAAUUCAUCGUGAAGUAGGCACUUAUUGUUUGUAUGCCUUGUUUGAAGUUAUUGCUGAUUUUUUUAUGGAUCAUACAGCACCAUUAUUUGAGCUUUUUUCCAAAUCAAUUGCUGAUCCUGAAAGUAAACGUGUUCGAAUAACUACAGUUUUGACAUUAGGAAAAUUGGCUGAAUUUAUUGAAACUGAAGAUAAAGAAAAUAUUAAAUCAUUCAGAAUCAUGAUUCCUGGCAUGGUUAAUGUUUUGGAACAAUGUUUAAAGGAAGGAGAUGAAGAGAGUUCUAGUGAAAUUUUUGAAGUAUUUGAUACUUUAUUAAUGUUGGACGCACCACUUUUAUCCAAUCAUUUAGCCGAUUUAAUUAGUUUCUUCUUAACAGUGGGUUCAAAUCGUGAUUUGGAUGAUUCAUUUCGUGUUAUGGCACUUUCUUUCCUCAUGUGGGCCGCUGUAUAUAAGCAGAAUAAGAUUAGAAGCUUAAAGCUUGUAGGUUUCAUUGUUGAACGUUUAAUGCCUAUUGGCUCAGAAGAAGAUCCUGAAGAUGUAGAUGAUGACUCUCCUUCUCGUCUGGCAUUUAAAGUUUUAAAUGCCCUUGCUACUAAUAUGCCUCCUCAACAAGUGUUCCCUAUUGUUAUGCCUAUUGUCGUUACAUAUAUGCAAAAUCCUGACCCUAAUUAUCGUAAAGCUGCUAUGAUGUCCUUUGCAGUGAUCAUUGAAGGUUGUGCUGAGUUCAUGAGUCCUAAACUAAAUGAGCUUUUGCCUCUUGUCUGUUCUGGUCUUCAAGAUCCUGAAAUUAUCGUCCGUCGAGCAGCCUGUAUGGCGCUUGGCUGUCUUGCAGAAGAGAUGCCUACUGAAAUUGCUGAGAGUCAUCAAAUCCUACUUCCUCUUGUUUUUAACUUGAUGAACGAUACGAACCCAGAGGUAACAAAACAUGCCUGUAAUGCACUUGAUGCUAUUCUUGAAAGUUUAGGAGAUGAAGUAUUGCAAUACUUGCCCAUGUUAAUGGAAAAACUCUUGUUCCUUUUGGACAAUGCUCCACAAACAGAAACAAAGGCUACCGUGAUGGCUGCCAUUGGUAGUGCUGCACAUGCUGCUGGUGAAGGCUUUGAACCCUAUUUUAGCAGCGUGAUGCCUCGUAUUCAUCAUUUGAUGACCUUAAAGGAAGGUACAGAUGAAGUUUUACUUCGUGGGGUUGCAACUGAUUCAGCUGGUGCCAUUGCAGAAGCUGUAGGUGCAGAAAAAUUCCGACCUUUUACGCAAGACCUGAUGGCAUUGGCUAUUGAGCAACUUAAUUUAGAUUCUCCUCGUCUUCGUGAAUGCUCUUAUGCAUUCUUUUCGAUCAUUGCUCGUGUCUUUGGGGAAGAAUUUGCGCCAUACUUAUCCACUAUCAUGCCUUUUAUCCUUGCUUCAUGUAAAGCUGAAGAAAAAGAUGAAACCAACUUUGGUAGUGAAAUUGAUUUAACAUUAGGUGAUGGUGAUGAUGACGAUGAUGAUGAUGAAAGUGCAUUUAAUUUUAAUUCUGCUAUUGCUGAUGAAAAGGAGUUCGCUGCUGAUGCACUUGGUGAAAUAUUUGAAAAUACGCAAAGCCAUUUUCUGCCGUAUGUUGAAGAAGCAGUACAAGACUUGACUGAACUUUCGUUUCAUUUAUUCGAUGGUGUUCGUAAAGCUGUUGUCGGUAGUUUGUUUAGUUUCCUCAAGACAUUUUAUAUCAUGUCCAACGCAGAUGAUUGGAAAGCAGGUUUACCUGUUAGCUAUCCUGUCCAUGAUAAUGUACAAAAUAUGACAACAGUUAUCCUUCCAACUAUAUUGUCCAUGUGGAAAGAUGAAGAUGACAAAAUGGUUGUUGUACAGAUUUGUCAAGAAUUAAUUCAUGCACUUAAAUUGAUGGGGCCUAGUAUCAUUGCAGAUCAUGUUGAAGAAAUUUCACGUAAUUUACUUGACAUUUUAGAAAAGAGAUCGAUUUGUCAACAAAGUUACGAUGACGAUGAUUUUGUAGAUGAGGAAGAAGAAGCUGAAUCAGAAUCUUUGUUGAUUAGUGCAGCUGGUGAUCUCAUUGCAGCCAUGUGUGAAACAGUAGGAGAAAGUUAUUCAUCCUACUUUGAUGUCUUUAUGCCUUUGAUUGCCAAAUAUUAUAAGAAAUCCAAGACUUCUUCUGAACGUUCUAUGGCUAUAGGUUGUCUUGGUGAAUGUGUAACAGGCAUCAAGAGUGCUGUCACACCACAUACAGAAAGAUUACUUCAGCUCUUUGUCAAAGCAUGUGGGGAUGAAGAUUCUUCAGUUAGAAGUAAUGCUGCCUAUGCUUUGGGUAUCUUAACGUUGAAUUCACAAAUUGAUUUAAGCUCACACUACCCAGCCAUCUUGACUGCUCUGUACCCACUUUUCCAAAAUCAACCUUUACCCAAUAUUACAGACAAUGCUGCUGGUGCUGUUGCAAGACUUAUUCUUGCACAUCCCAAUGCCGUACCUUUUGAUCAAGUGUUACCUGUCUUUAUGGCCGUCCUUCCUCUUAAGGCUGAUUUUGCUGAAAAUGAGCCUGUAUUUAAUUGUCUCUUUUCACUUUUCCGAGCCAAUAACCCCUUUAUACUCGGUCAACUUUCACAUCUUCUUCCUGUCUUUUAUCAUGUCUUGAGUAAUGAAGAUCAAUUGAAUGAUUCCACACGCGCUGAGCUUGUUGAAUUAUUACGUGCUUUGAAUUCUCAACAGCCUACUUUGGGUAUUUCUAAUAGUGAACUUGCUCAAUUCUUGUAGACAACAAAAGAAGAUGAAAAAAGAAAAAGAAAAAAAAAAACUAGACACUCCAAACUUUAUAUAUAAGUUUUCAUACAAACAAAUAUUCAUAUAUAUUCUAUAUUUAUAUAUAAGUAUUAUUGUUAUUAUUUAGACUUGUUAACUAUUAUAUAUUUUCAACAAAUAUAUAAUUAUUAGGUAUUCUUAUAAUAAUAAGAAAGGAUAUCAAUUUAUUUUUUAUUUAUAUAUGAU